AUGAGCAAUUUUAUUGAAUAUGAUGAUGAGUCGCAAGAUUCCUCACAGCUUCCUGAUGCUUCCUAUAUGACCUUUCCCGGCCAGGUCGGGAAUCAUGCGUUCAGUGGCAUCUUACCCCAGGAUCCAGAUUUCCCUCUACAGAAUUUCAGUCAAUCACAGCCUCCAGACCUAGAAGGACGCAUGUCCAACGUCAUGAUCAAUUAUGGGAUCCCGACCUCGAGUGUGUCGAUGCCGAUGAACCUGGAUACUACCAACGCCUUCGCCUACAAUGUUCCGACCUCUUACCCGUCCACCAUGUCCAUUCCUCCGAUGGAUCAGUCACAGUUCCAGUCCACAUACCCAGCUUUCCAACAGACCAUUUCGUUUCCCCCGCACCCUCAGCAAGCAGCACUGCUAUCCCGCAACGAAUAUGAUACAGGCACCGACUUCGCCAAUUUCGAGGAUUCGGAUUUUUCAGGACGCACAAGUGACCAGUCGCAGGUGCAGUCACGCACUCAGCGACAAGCGGAGCGCCGCUUGCAGCCCGCGGCCCAGCCAUACCGUCCGUCACAACCGGUGGCUAUUAAGCCUAAGAAACCCCUACCCGCUAAAAGUGAGUUGUGCCUGGGGCACUCAAGCCCGUUGACUUUGGUCCACUGGGAGAGACUGACGCCGGGGCAAUUAGAAGAUCUUGCGCCUGGAUUAGAAAAGCCUGAGAUUGGCAAGACGGAACAUACCGGGAUCUAUUCGAGCACUGGCUUUGACGUGCUAGGAGCGUUGGGCCGCGUGGCUAUGCGGCCAAACCCUAGAAUUAAUAUUGGCGCCGUCGAUCUGUCCUGCGCCUUUGUGAUGUGUGAUAUCCUGGCCGAGGAUCAGCCUAUCAUCUAUGUCUCCGAGGCCUUUGAGCGAUUGACAGGCUACACCAAAGAUGAGAUCGUUGGCCGGAACUGCCGAUUCCUUCAAGCGCCCGACGGUAAUAUAAAAGCCGGCGCGAAACGGACAUUUGUUGAUGAACAGGCUGUCCAUCGGCUGCGGUCCACUGUCGAUGCUCGCAAUGAGAUCCAGGUCAGUAUAAUUAAUUAUCGCAAGGGUGGACAACCCUUCAUGAACCUCGUCACGAUGAUUCCCAUCCAGUGGGACUCGGAUGUGUAUCGAUACUAUGUCGGCUUCCAGGUCGAUCUGGUUGAAAAGCCUGAAGCCGUGGCCCGAAGGAACCCUGAUGGCAAUUAUUGCAUUAACUAUCAGCGUGAUCAGCUACCACAGUACAUUGUGCCCCCAGCAGAAGCCUACUCAUCACGACCAGACCUCGUGUUGCGGUAUGGGCAUGACGAAGUGACUGCCAUUCUGAACGCUGCGAGUGCACCUGGCAACGAGGCCAACCGGCAUUACCUGGAUCGCGUUCUCGUUGAGAAUAUGGACGAUGUGAUCCAUGUGCUUUCAUUUCACGGGGAAUUCUUAUACCUGUCACCCUCCUGCCAAAAGAUUUUGGAAUAUGACCCACUCGAGCUGGUUGGCAAGACCCUGUCCACUAUCUGCCACCCCAGUGACAUUAGUCCUGUGAUCCGUGAAUUGCGGGCGAGCACAACACCUGCUCCAGUGAGUGUCGUGUAUCGAAUCAGACGAAAAUACAGUGGGUAUAUGUGGUUUGAGAGUCAUGGGGCCUGGCACAUUGACCCGAACCAGGGCCGGAGGCAUCUUGUCAUGACCGGCCGUCCACGACCAGUCUACGCGCUGGAUCAGAUCGCUCGCCUAGGAUCAUCUGCCGCGCUGGCCGAGAAUGACGUCUGGGCCAAGGUCUCUUUGUCUGGGAUAAUUAUCUUUAUCACGACCAAGGUGAAGCCGGUGCUUGGCCGCUCGCCGGAUGAUCUGAUUGGACAAGGUCUGCCAGAGGUUAUGGAAACCGAGACUGAUGAUGCUGCCGUCAUCACGCAAGCCCUGGAGGCAGCGUGCCGUGGACAAGGGGCUGGCAUGGCCGCUGCUGGGGGCAGCGGCAAAGACACCGAAGACCCACCCUCGUUCAAACAUCAAAUGCGGCAUAAAAGGGGGCACCUCCUCUCAGCACGCACCACAUUGUACACUGGUGACGCAAGCAAGGGAACUAAACCGACCUUCCUCGUCGCCCAAAUACGAUUUGCUCGAGCUAUCCCUCCCUCCGCUACCGCCAUCUCAGCCGCCGAAGACGAGAGUCUCGCCUCGCUCAAUGGCACCACACAAAACACCACACUCACCGCCGAUGACCCUCUUCGGCCCAGCCAGUACGGCGCUCUCGGACAACAGAUGCCCGGCCCGACGAAGCUUAUUGGGCACAACGGUCUGCCGUCCGGGAAUCGCAACGAUUCACCUUCCGCGGACCCGGCAACCUUCUUCACGGAACUCAAUCCCACCCGCGGAUCGAGCUGGCAGAUUGAGCUGCGCGAGCUGCAGAAGCAGAACCGCACCUUGGCUGAUGAGCUGCAGCGCCUCCUAGCUCGACGCAAGAAGCGCAAGCGAAAGCAGAGUGCUAUCACGAUUGAGAAGUCAUGUGCCAUGUGCAGUACCAAGAAUACUCCCGAAUGGCGGCGUGGACCAAGUGGAAAUCGUGAUCUUUGCAAUAGCUGCGGUCUGCGAUGGGCCAAGCAGAUCCGUGGCCAGGCGCAGGCGCAGGCCUCGUCGGUCAUUGCAGGAUGA